AUGUCGGAAGAGACUGAACCUUUCAGACCAGCGAGUGUCCUCCUUUCGCAUGCCGUCAUCAAGCAAUGCCGACCAGAAACAAUCUUGCAGACCGCCAGAUAUUUACUUGGUAGCAUCUCACCUACAAGCAAAGUGACGCUCGAAGAAGCCUCCAUCAUCCCGAGCUCGAAAGACGGCUCGCCUGUGGCAGACCUGGCUGUAGCUAGCACGGACAACCAGAUAUUGCCACUCAACGCAGCAAGCGAGGCUCCCAGGACACCUAACCUUGAAGCAGACCGGAACUCGCAAGCUGGCCGUCGGACAGUGCUAGCAAAGCAGCCAAUCCGCCGCCAGAGUAUACCCCAGACUACAACCAGUACGCAAAGCCGGGCGAGGAUCUGGAUCGGACCAAGACUCGGCAAAUCUUUAAAGAAAGGCGUCGCUUCACAGCUCAAGCGUGAAGGUCUGACAGUACAGGAAAAGCACUCAGAGCCGUGGACAUCCAGUGAGCUGGAGUUCGCGCAGACCAUGGAAGGGACGAUUACCAGCGCUCAGAUCGCAAUCAGACUCGGCAAAUCACCAGCCAAAGCGGUCGAUGUAAAGCUUGACGGUGAGCAUGGGCGUGUCGGCCUGACAGAGAAGCCCAUGGCUACCAGGAACACUUGGUGCGCUGAUGAGCUGGAACAAGCGCUGUCAUGGACAGCCACCAUGACCUAUGCCGAGAUCGCAGAGAAGCUGGGCAGACCGAACGUAUCUACUGUUCAACGCAGACUGGAACAUGAGCUGCCCGACGAGCGCAAGCGACCACGCGCAUGGGCCCACUGGCCGACCAAGGGAGAUGCAGACCGUCGUCACCAAAAGAGUGCCGCCCGAUCGAGCAGACCUCACAAAGCCCCGCUGACGGGCUCGAAGGUCCAUGUCAGACCAAUGGUGUCUGUUCUUGCUGCGGAGAAAGUCGGCCACUUUCUGCACUCUUGUCAAGCCGACACUAUCUCUCGCACAUCCAGAGAUCUCACAGCACCGGAGGCAUCAUUGGACGUCCUCCGUCUGGUGGCAAAACUUGCUCUGGCCUCGAACGAUGGUCAGACCAUGAUCACGACGUUCCACAUCUCCAAGAGCUUGUCCAUGCUUCGGUUCAAGUAG